UUGACGAAUGCGCAAGGAAAGCGAGAUAGGCUGACGCUCAAGUCGCAGGACCGAAGGAAGCGUAGCAGUGCUGUUGACUUAUAUCUUGUGGAGACGAUCUAGUAGUUGAGACAGUCAGGAUGGCGGAGACGAAGGUCAACGGGGAGACCCGAGAGAUCAAGAAGCUGAAGCGGGUGGCGCCUGAAGAGGAGAUCGUCAUCAGUGGUAUCGCAGGUCGAUUCCCUGAUUCCAAUGACAUGAAGCACUUCCAGGAGAACCUCAUGAACAAAGUCGAUCUUGUUACCGAUGAUGAUCGUCGUUGGAAGUUGGAUCACCCCGAGAUCCCGCAAAACACGGGCAAGGUGAACAAUGUGGAAAAAUUCGACGCCCUCUUCUUCGGCGUGCACUUCAAGCAGGCCCACACCAUGGACCCUAUGUGUCGUAUGCUGCUCGAGCACGCGUACGAGGCGAUCGUCGACGCGGGUGUCAACCCCAAACAAAUGCGCGGCUCCCGAUGCGGUGUCUUCAUCGGCGCCUGUUUCUCCGAGUCCGAGAAAACCUGGUUCUACGAAAAGCUCCAGGUGAACGGUUUCGGUAUCACCGGCUGCAGUCGUGCCAUGUUGGCGAACCGCAUCUCGUACUGGCUGGGCGUCACCGGUCCCAGCUACUCCGUCGACUCGGCUUGUAGCUCCAGUCUCUUCGCCAUGGAACACGCCUACAGAGCGAUUCGCGAUGGACUCUGCGACUCAGCGCUCGUGGGCGGCGCCAAUCUUUGCCUCCAUCCGUACGUCUCGCUUCAGUUCUCCCGUCUCGGUGUACUAUCUCCGGACGGUCGCUGCAAGUCCUUCGACGAUUCGGCCAAUGGUUACGCCCGUAGCGAGGCCAUCUCGAUGGUGUUCCUGCAGAAGGCCAAGGACGCGAAGCGUAUCUACGCCACCUUCGUUCACGCCAAAACGAACUGCGACGGUUUCAAGGAGCAGGGUAUCACUUUCCCCUCGAGCAUCAUGCAGGGCACUCUCCUCAAGGAGUUCUACGAGGAGAUCGGCGUACCGCCGACGAGCUUGAGCUACAUCGAGGCUCACGGUACCGGUACCAAGGUCGGAGAUCCCGAGGAGGUCAACGCCCUCGACCGAGUCUUCUGCACCGGUCGCUCCGAGCCUCUCUGGGUCGGAUCCAUCAAGUCGAAUUUGGGACACUCCGAGCCUGCCAGUGGUCUCUGUUCCAUUGCCAAGGUGGUGAUCGGCAUGCAUACCGGACUCAUCCCGCCCAAUCUGCACUUCAAGAAAAUUCGUCAGGGCAUCAAAGCUCUGGAAGAGGGCAGGUUGAAGGUCGUCACUGAUCCCACACCCUGGGAUGGUGGUUACGCCGGUAUCAACUCCUUCGGUUUCGGUGGUGCCAACGCUCACGUUUUGCUCAAGUCCCACGAGAAGGAGAAGGUCAACAAUGGACUUCCCAACGACGACCUGCCACGUGUCGUCGCUGUGUCCGGUCGCACGGAGCACGCCAUAAAAGUUCUCUUAGACGAUCUCGAGAGCAGGCCUGUCGACAUUGAGUACGUGAGACUCCUGCACAACAUUCACUCGGAAGAGAUCGGCAGUCACCUCUACAGAGGAUACACCGUUUUGCCGCCGCGUGGACUCGUCAAGAACCCCGUCAGGGAGAUCGCUAACUACUUGGGAAAUAAGAGGCCCGUGUGGUUUGUCUUCUCUGGAAUGGGCUCUCAAUGGCCAGGAAUGGGAGAAGCAUUGAUGCGCCUGCCAGUAUUCGCUGCGGCGAUCAAGAAGUGCGACGCAGUGCUGAAACCUCGUGGUAUCAACAUCGUUGACAUCAUCACGAACAAGGACCCGAAGACCUUCGACAACAUUCUCAACUCGUUUGUUGGAAUCGCUGCCGUUCAGAUCGGUCUCGUGGAUGUUCUGAAAUCGGUAGGCAUCGAGCCCGACAACAUUAUCGGUCACUCGGUAGGAGAACUGGGUUGCGCCUAUGCCGAUGGCUGCUUCACCGCCGAGCAGAUGAUUCUGUCAGCGUACUCGCGAGGUGUGGCCUCCAUCGAGUCUAAGAUUAUACAAGGUUCCAUGGCUGCCGUUGGUCUCGGCUACAACGAGAUCAAGAGCAUGUGCCCUCCGGACAUCGAAGUCGCAUGCCACAACGCCGCCGAUAGCGCGACCAUCAGUGGACCUGCAGAGUCCUUGAAGGCUUUCGUCGCUAAGCUUCAGGCAAACAACAUUUUCGCCAAGGAAGUGAAUUGUAGCAACAUCCCGUACCACAGCCGUUACAUCGCUCCAGCUGGACCCAAGCUUCUCGCUUACCUGCAGAAGGUUAUCCCAGAACCGAAGCCCCGUAGCUCCAAAUGGUUGAGCACUUCGGUGCCGCGCAGCAAGUGGGACACCGCUGCAGCUCGUCUCUGUUCGGCCGAGUACCACACCAACAAUCUCCUCAGCUCGGUGCUGUUCGAGGAAACGUCUGCUCUCAUCCCCAAGGAUGCCAUCUGCAUUGAAAUCGCACCCCAUGGUCUUCUUCAGGCCAUCCUCCGUAGAUCUCUCGCACCAACUGUGAGCAACAUUGCUCUGACCAAGCGAGGUCACGCCGACAACGUGGAGAUGCUGGCUCAGGCUCUUGGAAAGAUGUACAAUGCUGGACUCCAGCCGCAGUUGCACGAACUCUACCCGCACGUCGCCUUCCCGGUGAGCCGUACUACUCCCAUGAUCUCGCCGCUCGUCAAGUGGGAGCACUCCGACGACUGGUACGUCACGUCCUACAGAAUGCAAGAGAAGAUCACUUCUGGAGAGCGUGUGGUAGAGGUGACUCUCGCCGACGAGGACUUUGAGUUCGUUGCCGGUCACGUAAUCGACGGCAGGAACCUCUUCCCUGCUACCGGAUACCUCGCCCUCAUCUGGGAGACCAUCGGUAUGAUGCGCGGAGAACUGUACACUGAGGUCUCCGUCAUCUUCGAGGACGUCAAGUUCCUCAGAGCUACCACUGUGCCUAAGGAUGGCACCGUUGACUUCACUCUCAUGGUUCAGAAAGGAUCCGGCAGGUUCGAGGUCGUCGAAGGUGGUGUAGCCGUCGUCACUGGCUACGUCCGCGCGUCCAGUAACCCAGCCGACGAGAAGGUCAACCCAGCCCUGCUCGCAACUGACAACGACGAUGAUGAGUGCAUGACCACUCGUGACGUCUACAAGGAGCUACGACUCAGAGGCUACCACUACAGUGGCCUCUUCCGUAGUGUCAAGAGGGCUACGAUCACCGGUAGCAAGGGACACCUCGCCUGGCACAACAACUGGGUCGCCUUCAUGGACAACAUGCUGCAGAUGCAGAUCCUCGGCGCCGACACUCGUGGUCUCUUUGUCCCCACUGGAAUCCAGAAACUGGUCAUCGACACCAAGAGCCAUCUCAACCAGAUUCGUGCCAUGGACGAAGAGAACAAAGAAUUCCCCGUCUAUGUGAACAAGACCCUCGACGUGAUCGUGUCCGGUGGUGUGGAGAUCCGUGGUCUGAAAGCCAGUGCUAUCUCCCGUCGUAAGCCAGCCGGUGAACCAGUACUCGAGGAGUACAAAUUCAUCGCAAACAUCGACCGCGCUGAGACGUCGAUGCGUGACGCCAUCCGUAUGGCGACCCACUUCGGACUGGAGAACCAUCUUGGUAUCAAAGUCAAGACCGUUGAACUCAUCGAGGAGUCAGACCGCGUGGAGGUGGACCAACUCGUGUCUAAUCUGAUAGCCGAUGCUCUGGGCGAUAUGCCACUGAUCCAGGCGGACAUUAACAUCAUAGGAAACGAACUCGUCUACGAGGAAGGCGAGAUCCCAGCUAACAUCACCGUGGGCGAUGUCAAGAAGUUCGGCGCCGACACCAAUGCAGUUCUGGCUGUAGGUCACAAGGUCCUCACGCCCGAACGCGCCGCGAACCUCGGCGUCCUGUCGACGGCUGUCGAAGAAGGCGGAUUCAUACUGUCUCGCGAGAGCCUGGAGACUGACUCAAAGCAGAUCGACGAGUACGCACUGAGCAAGGGAUUAUGUGUUCUGCUGGAGAAGAAGGUCGGCAACGAGCUGCUUGUGCUGCUGAGAAAACGCCCCAAGCAGGUCAGGAAGACGCUGGUCAUCAAUAUCAGCAACGACAGGUUUGACUGGGUCGACGAGAUGAAGAAGAUCAUGAAGGAGGAGCUUGAAAAGGAGAACCCUGGCAACACCAGGAUCCUCUACGUUAGCCAGGGAGACUUCGAAAACGGUCUGGUCGGCUACAUCAACUGUCUGCGAAAGGAACCCGGCGGCGAAAUCGUCCGCGGUAUCCUGAUCCAGGAUCCAAAGGCACCCAAAUUCUCUCUUCAAGAUCCGCUGUACACCAAGGAGUUACAAAAGGACUUGGCGGUAUCCGUACUGCGCCCCAACGGAGUUUGGGGAUCGUACAGGCACUUGCCACUUCCGCCUCUCGAGCCCAAACCCGUCCGUCAUGCCUGGGCUAACCAGAUCGUACGUGGUGACCUCAACUCGCUCAGCUGGCUCGAGGGACCGAUUCCACUCGGCUUCCAGAGCGAUGACCUUGUCACUGUCGUCUACUCAUCCAUCAACUUCAGAGAUGUCAUGUUGGCCACCGGUAAGCUCGCCGUGGAGGUCGUCGCCAAGACCAGACAGGCUCAAGAGUGUGUGUUAGGUUUUGAAUACUGCGGUAUCACCUCCAAGGGCAGACGCAUCAUGGGUAUGAUCGACAACAAGGCCAUGACCAACCUCUGCAUUUGCGAUCCCGAUCUCUCCUGGGACAUCCCAGAGAGCUGGAGUCUCGAGGACGCGGCUACCGUUCCUUGCGUCUACGGUACCUGUUACUACGCUCUGUACCUCAGCGGUAAAAUGAAGAAGGGCGACAAGGUCCUGAUCCACGCUGGUACCGGAGGUGUUGGUCAGGCUGCUAUCACUUUGGCUCUGUUCGAGGGCUGCGAGGUCUUCACCACCGUUGGUACCCCGGAGAAGCGUCGCUUCAUUCUCGAGAACUUCCCCCAGAUUCCAGAGGACCACAUCGGCAACUCUCGUGACACCAGCUUCGAGCAGAUGAUCCUCCGUCAGACUAAUGGCCGAGGUGUCGACAUCGUCCUCAACAGUCUUGCCGAGGAGAAGCUCCAAGCUUCGGUCAGGUGUCUCGCGAACGGCGGUCAUUUCCUCGAGAUCGGUAAGUUCGAUCUUGCCGCUAACAACCCUCUGGGUAUGGAGUGCUUCCUCAAGGAGAUCAGCUUCCACGGUAUCAUGUUGGACAACCUGUUCAACGCUACCAGCACCCAGAAGCGCGGCUUGAGAGAUAUGAUGAGCAAGGGAUUAAAGAACGGAGCUAUCAAGCCACUCACGAGGACGGUCUUCCCCAAGGAUCAAAUCGAAGCUGCCUUCCGUUACAUGGCUGCAGGAAAGCACAUCGGUAAAGUGAUCAUCAAGGUUCGUGAUGAGAAGGAAUCACCAAACGAACUCAUGCUGGCCUUGCCGCGAUUCUACUGUCUGCCAGACCGCAGUUACAUCAUCUUCGGUGGUCUUGGUGGUUUCGGUCUUGAAUUGGCCGACUGGUUGGUACUUCGUGGAGCCAAGAAUCUAGUCAUCACCUCGCGUACUGGUAUCCGCAACGGUUAUCAGAAGAUGCGCAUCGAGUUGUGGCGAGGCUACGGAACAAACGUUGUCAUCGUCGCGGACAAGGAUGCCUCGAAGCGCGACGAAUGUCAAUCGAUCAUCGAAACCGCUGCCAAACUCGCCCCAGUCGAUGCCAUCUUCAACUUGGCUGUAGUACUGAAGGAUGCGGUCUGGGACAACCAGACGCCCGAGACCUUCGAGGAAUCGUUCAAGGCCAAGGCCUGGUCCACUAAACAUCUUGAUGUGCUGACCAGGAAACUGUGCCCCAAGCUCAGACAGUUCGUCGUCUUCUCGUCGGUCUCCUGCGGUAGAGGAAACGCUGGUCAGACCAACUACGGAAUGUCCAACUCUGUGAUGGAGAGAAUCUGCGAGAGGCGCGCAACCGAAGGUCUGCCCGGAUUGGCCGUACAGUGGGGAGCGAUCGGAGACGUCGGUCUGGUCGCCGACAUGCAGGAGGACAACAAGGAACUGGUCAUCGGCGGCACCCUCCAGCAGAGGAUAUCCUCGUGCUUGCAGGAACUCGACGGCUUCCUACGACAGAACUCGCCGAUCGUGUCCAGUAUGGUCGUCGCUGAGAAGAGGGCGGGAGGCUCCGGUGCCCUCAACGUCGUCGACACCGUUCUCAACAUUAUGGGUCUGAAGGAUCUGAAGACAGUGAGUCCGCACACGUCUCUCGCCGAGUUGGGAAUGGACUCUAUGAUGGCUGUGGAAAUCAAGCAGACACUGGAGCGCGAGUUCGAGAUCUUCUUGACGGCCCAGGACAUCCGCGGUCUGAACUUCGCCAAGCUCCAAGAGAUGCAAUCCAAGGAUGCCGAUAGCAACAAGAAGCGCGGCGGUGGGGCUGAUGGCGAAGUCGAGAUCCUCACAGGCAUGAAGCUCCUGGUGCGCAUAGUCGGCGACCAAGUGCCCAACCCCCAAACCUGCUACCAGCUCGAGACCAAGAACGAGGAGAGGUCCGAGAUAUUCCUUAUACCCGGUAUCGAGGGUGUCGGUACCGUUUUCAAUAAUCUCGCGCCCAAGAUCAAGGCGCCGGCCUCUUGUUUACAACUUGGAGUGGAAAACAACGAGGAAAAAUCCAUCGAUGCUAUGGCUGAUAAAUUGCUGCCGCACAUACUCGAAAGGAGCAAAGAUCGACGAGACUUCACUGUGGUGGGCUACUCGGUCGGUUCGUUGGUCGCUAUCGAAUUGGUGAGAAGACUCGAGGCACGCGGAAUGAGCGGUAAACUGAUUCUCCUCGACGGUGCUCCGGAUAUGUUGAAACUACUCCAGAGCCAACAGCUAGCAUCCAACAGCGACGAGGAACUUCAGAGUAACGUCCUGCUCGGCAUGAUGGACAUUCUAUCGCCUUCCAGCAGUGCGGAGCUUGUGGUCGAGCUGGAGAAGACCAGCGGCUGGGAUAACAAACUCCAGGUGUUCCUGGCGCGAGUAAGCGACCAUUUAGGAGAGUUCGGUUGGACUAAAGAAGGAGCAGCGUCACUCUGCACGUCUAUUUACAAUCGUUUAAUCGCUGUCCAUGAUUACGACGUGUCAACCCUUUCACCCCUCAAAACACCCAUCGUUCUGCUCAAACCCACGGCGCCGACUCUACGCUCCGUCGACGAGGACUAUGGUCUCGGCACGAUAACGAAAGAAAAAGUUGAGAUCCACUACAUUGAGGGCAAUCACGCAACGAUCCUGGAAAACAACAAACUCGCGAUGGUCAUCAACGGCGAGCCGAUUGAAGACGCGGACGAAUUUAAAGCACAGAUAAUGGACGGAGCCUCCAAGCUUGCAACCCUGAUGUCGUGAAUACGCCAGGAGACAACUGCUGGUGCGAAUUAGGAGAGGAAUCAAUGCCGGGUUUCACGCAGUCAAUGUUUGUUUCGUGACAGUUAUUAUCUUGCGCGUGAACUCGUAUCUAUCUUUAAUCUUGCAUUGUUCCAAAGAGAGGACGUAUGAAUACUUGUAGAAAUAGAAGGAAAAUUUAGUUUUUACGUGUAAAGGAAAGAUCGUACGUGUAAUCUGAAAUUAAUUAUAACUGACAAAUGUUAUGAAUCUGAAAUUUGUGCAACGUAAAUAAAUAAGUGUAACGUACCAUAUGCUAAUAACAACCCAACGAGAACGUCUUGCAUGCGUCUCAUUCGUUUCAUCGUGAAAUUUCGAGUUUGGAGAGGUCAGUUCGAUUUACAUUCUAAUCGCAAUAAAUCAAUAGCAAUUAUAGGUGAUAUGACUCAAGAAAAUGUCUGGCCAUAUACAAAUGUAAGAGUUCAAAUUUAAACGAUUACUGCAGAACGAAAGAUAUCUUUCAUGAUUUUAAUUUUAGUGUAGCUAUAUUUUAUAAGGAAUUGGUAGAAAUGAAGGAAGAAGUUAUUAAAACGCUUUUUCUAUCAAAUGUUUGUUUUAAUUGCACGACUUAUUCAUACAAACACGACAAUCAUCGAACUUCAAUUAGAAGUAUAACAAAGAUUUUUAAAUAUGAGUAAUAUGUACAAGAUAUAAGUCUUGGCUCGAAGAAACACAUUUUCAAAAUAAAGGCAUUCUCAAUCAU